AUCACCAGCUUUACUUCUUGCAGGAAACUUCCAAAUAUAAAAGCCGGACAGUUUCCUGCCUCAGGAACUCCUUCCUGAAUCUUUAACAGAUCUUCACUCGCGAUCAGGUCAAUCUGAAAGCAGUCAUGGAGCCUUAUGACGAUGGUUUUAUUGAGGAACAGGAGGAGCAAGAAGAAGAGAGAAAUGAAGAGAAGAUUAUCAAUGAAGAAUACAAAACGUGGAAGAAAAAUGCGCCGUUUCUCUACGACAUGAUUCUGAGCACUGCUCUCGAGUGGCCCACCCUUACCACGCAAUGGCUUCCCGAUAAACAAGAGGUUCCCGACAAGCCUUAUUCUACGCAUCGCUUACUCCUUGGUACUCAUACAUCCAACGACGCGAAAAAUUAUCUGCAAAUUGCGCAUGUCCAAUUACCAAACCCAAACUACCCAGAAGCAGAAGACUAUGAUGAGGAGCGCGGCGAAAUUGGAGGUUACGGGGGCGGCGCAAAGAAGAGCGCGGUGGAAGUCAAAUUCAAUAUUGUCCAGAAAAUUGACCACAAGGGAGAGGUUAAUAAAGCAAGAUACCAACCACAGAACCCCAACAUCAUCGCGACAAUGUGCACGGAUGGUAGGGUCAUGAUCUGGGAUCGGUCUAAACACCCAAGCAUUCCCACAGGAACCGUUAAUCCCCAGUUGGAGCUGUUAGGACAUACAAAGGAAGGGUUCGGGCUGAGCUGGAGCCCGCAUGCAGAGGGAAAAUUGGUGACUGGAAGUGAAGACAAGACAGUGCGACUCUGGGAUAUGGAAACGUACACCAAGGGAAAUAAGGCUAUCAGGCCAAUUAGUACCUAUACACAUCAUUCGUCUAUCGUGAACGAUGUCCAAUAUCACCCUUUGCAUUCCUCGCUCAUCGGUACUGUGUCGGACGAUAUUACGCUUCAGAUCAUCGACAUUCGAGAGUCCGACACCACAAAAGCGGCAGCUGUUGCCGAAGGACAGCACCGAGACGCUAUCAAUGCGAUCGCAUUCAACCCGGCCGCCGAAACGGUCCUAGCCACGGGAUCCGCGGACAAGUCUAUAGGGUUGUGGGAUCUUCGAAACCUGAAAUCCAAACUACAUGCCCUUGAGUGCCACACUGAGUCAGUCACCUCUGUAUCUUGGCACCCCUUUGAAGAGGCAGUUUUGGCAAGUGCAAGCUACGAUCGAAAGAUUAUGUUCUGGGAUUUGAGCAGAGCGGGCGAAGAACAGACUCCUGAAGAUGCUCAAGAUGGUCCACCUGAAUUGUUGUUUAUGCACGGUGGUCAUACCAACCGAAUCUCCGACUUUAGCUGGAAUCUGAGCGAUCCAUGGGUGCUCUGCUCGGCAGCAGAGGAUAAUUUGUUGCAAGUGUGGAAAGUCUCAGAUGCGAUUGUGGGCAAAGAUCUCGGGGAUGUCCCGACAGAGGAGUUGGAGGCCUGAAGAGAGACAACUUAGGCACUUGCUAGAGGCAAUCCUGAAAAUGCCAGCCAUAAUAAGCCUUUCUCCAGAAUCUUCCUUUCAGAAUAGUUCCCUAGAAUCCAAGAGUAACAAUG